AUGGGGAAUUUGCCGGAAGUAAGAGUUUCACCUUCCCCAGCAUUUCAAAAACGUGGAGUUGACUAUGCUGGCCCGUUUACACUGCGAGCGAUACCAGCAAGAUCAAAGGUGACAUUCAAGGGAUACCUUUGCAUUUUUGUCUGCAUGGUGACCAGAGCAAUUCACUUGGAAAUUGUGUCUAGUCUUGACACAGAUUCUUUCAUUGCAACACUGAAGAGGUUUGUUGCUCGGAGAGGCAAACCUACAGAUAUCUACAGCGACCAAGGGACAAAUUUCAUUGGCGCUGAACAUGAACUUAAAGGACUAAUCACAUCGGAUGCUCAUAAUGCAACUUUAGCUAAAACAUUAGCUAAUGAUGGAAUCAAUUGGCAUUUCAAUCCACCUGGAGCUCCACAUAUGGGAGGAGUUUGGGAGGCAGGAGUGAAAACAGUCAAAUAUCAUUUGAAACGCGUCGUAGGUGAGACUCGUCUUACUUUCGAGGAAAUCACAACCUUGAUGGCACAAAUUGAAGCGUGUUUCAAUUCGCGUCCUCUCACCCCGAUGUCAUCAGAUCCGAAUGAUUUUAGUGCACUGACACCUGGACAUUUUCUCAUUGGAAGGCCAUUAUUAGCAAUUCCAGAACCCAAUCUGCAAGAAACCAAACUAAACCAAUUAUCUCGUUGGCAAUAUUUACAAAGAAUUACCCAGGAUUUUUGGAAACGAUGGACCAAUGAACAUAUUUCUCGGCUACAACAGCGCCCUAAGUGGACUCGACCCAUGCAAUCCAUUAAAAUUGGUGAUUUGGUGAUUAUCAAAGCAGAAAAUUUUCCACCAUUGCAUUGGAAAAUGGGCAGAGUCAUCAAAACCCACGAAGGGACAGAUGGACUAGUCAGAGUUGUCACCCUCAAAACUGAAGGAGGAGAAAUGCAGAGACCAAUUCAUAAGCUUUGCCUACUACCUCUUGAUGAUGAAUCUCAGGCAGAGAUUCAUGGGGGCCGGGAUGUUGGGUCGUAA